AUGGAUUCCGAAGUUUUCUUUGAAAAUCGCUUCAAAAAGAGAACUUUAGACUCGCCUACAGAUAAUACCCUAGAUUCACCCAUUACUAUAGAUACUAAUACAGAUACCAUUAGCAAUAUAAAUACAACAUCUAAUAAUAUACUUAAUAAUACUACUUAUACAAAUAAUACAGGUUUGAAUGGUAUUGAAACAAUAAGGGUGAACAGUGUAGAGCAGGAGGAGUAUUAUAAUGUUGAACAUUCAACUGAUAAGUUGUCUUUGACUAGACAGUUUUUGAGCAGUUUUUUGGUUGAUUUUGACGAAGAUGAGUUGGCGGCGAAGCGGACAGUUGAAACGAUCUAUAACGCAAGCCGUUCAUUUUCAUAUACAUAUCGCAGUCUCCACGAAGCUAUUUUCGCCAAAUCCACACAAUUAACAACACUUUUGCCCUUUGUUAAGGCGAUUUCAUCAGUAGCUGAUACAGCUAUUCUACUCUCAACAAUUAACUCGCAAAACUCCAAAACAUCAACUAAUACCAACAAGAACGUUAAUGGUAAGGGAGAUGUAGUUGUGAGUGGAGUCCUGAUGAAUUAUGAAUUAAUAAUGCUGGGAAUAUUCCGCAAGUUUUGUGUAAAAAUGCGUGAAUUUGAGAGUUUGGAAGGUAAUAGGACCUGGGAAAAGAUGUCAGAACUUAUGGAAUCGUUUUUGAAGGACGGGAUCUUGAAGGAAUUGCGCUGUCUGUUCAGUCAAGUGUAUAAUAUAGAGCAGAUGAACUACGGAGAUUUUAAGCGCUAUCUAACAGACUUUAGACUGUACUUAACGCACCUGCAAGAUGAGUUGUACCCUAAAAGCGGACAGAAACGGAAAUUGGCCUCGGUUUCAGAAACUUUUUCGCUACAAAACUGCAUUGACUUGAUCAACUUCGUGGGUCGAGAGUUGGAUAACAUGAGGAAACUGCUUCUUAACAUUGUUAAGAGUGUGAUGAACGCAGCUGUAACGGAUUCCCUAACUACGAUCCUAGCCAAACUCUCAAAUAAUUUUAACUCUGAUUUUAACUCAGAUUUUGGUUCUGAAAAUGUUGGUAGUGGUAGCCAAAUGGAGGAUGAAAAUUGUAUAUUAAAGUGUGUAAAUAUGUUAUUGGAGGAGGAAUCGCUGUUUUAUGUAGUAGACGAUCAGAUAGAACAAAAUGUUAAAAUGUGUGUGGAGAAGUAUAAUAACAUGUAUAAUGCAUAUGAGGAGGAGGUUAGAAGGCGUUCUGACGCAGUGUCAGAGUUUGAGAAGAAGAAGAAGUUUAAGCGGGAUUCAGUACAGUACGUACUAGAUCGCAUCUCUGAGACUAGUUCUCCAACUCUUUCAAACAGUUUUAAGAACCCUUUUUACACUGUAGGAAUUUCACCAAAGCUCUGUACUAAGGAAUCUUUCAGAAAGUACGCAAAGAAGCUGAAAAUGCUUUUACACCCUGACACUGAGCAUGACCCGGAGUGGAAGCAAAAGGCUGAAAAGGCCUUUAAAGAAGCCUCUCUGGCACUAGAUCAGUGUGUUAAACAGCUUGACACUUUCUCAGCAUCACUUUAUAGAGUUGGACCAGUUCCUCCAUAUCUAUCCCAUCUUAACAUUGUACUACCUCCAAACAGUAAUUUUUAUACUUCUGGAAGUGGUAAUAAUACUGGCGGUGAAAGUAGCCCGAGUUACGAGGAGACAAAGUUGAAAGAAGUCCAGUUGGUGUAUUUUCCGGAGUUCAGCUUGCGUUGUGAUGAUCAGAAGGUUGGUUCGUUGUCGGUUGAGGUUGAUUUGACAUCAUUGGUGGAUAGGAAAAUAUGGCAAAGUAUGGGUAAAAACCGACAAAUAAUAAUCUACGUGUUAAGGCCUCUUCAUUAUGAGCCUUACACUAUACAGUUGCCAAAUGAGAUGAUCAGCUCAACGCAUAACCUGAAGUUGACUGAUAGACCAAUUAAUAAGACCCCAAUUCUAAAAGUGGAUGCUGUUCAGCCAAUAAGGUUUGGCACAUCCUGGAAGUAUUUUGUCGGCGUCAAAAUCUCCGGCGACUUGGGCUCAACCCUUGUAUCGUACAAGUCUUUAUUCAUAGAAUUGCCCUCAAAGGGCAGGACAAUUAACCAUAUCACAAAGCUUCUGAAAACUUUCACUAACGCCUCCUUCAUCGACCAGAGCUCGCUCCAACAGAGGCUCAACAGUGUCAAGGAAACGAACAGCAAGUCUGAAGCGGAAAAAUUCUUGCUAGAAUGCACAAAAUUAGCACAAAAAUGGGCAGACGAAAAUUAA